GUGCAAUGGCGAUAUUGGACAAUAACAGCCAUCGCUUUCGGGGGACCACAUCUUUAUUAUGUGGCUAACGUUGAAGAAAACUAGCUGCAAAACCACUAAUAAUAUCGGCACGGUGCACGAGCGACGACCCGCGACCAGGAGAGGAGAUUUCACAUCCUCUGCACGCGAUGACAGUUUAGACUAAAACAAAAAAAACGCUGGUGUGACGUGUGAACAGACACCAUGGCCACACAGGAGCCGUCCCCCCCCUCCUCCAUGGAGAGCAAUAAACCCGGCUUCCCCAAGAAGAUCCUGGGCAACAAGCUGGAGGACAAGCACCUGUGCAACUGCUGCCACAACAUCCUGCGACGGCCCUUUCAAGCCCAGUGUGGACAUCGCUUCUGUUCCUACUGCUUCAACAGGACUGUCAGUAAUGGACCCCAGAAGUGCAGUGCCUGUAUUAAAGAGGAUAUUUUUGAAGAACCUACAUCGCUUUUGAAACAAGGAUGUGCUUUUCCUGACAACGCAGUUCGGAGGGAGGUCGAAAACCUUUCAGCUGUUUGUAUCCAUGAAAAUUGCACUUGGAAAGGCAGCAUUAAAGACUAUGAGCUGAACCACGAGGGAAAGUGUGAGUUCAUGAUCCUCCCCUGCCCCUCCUGUAAAGAACGAAUCCGCUUCAAUGAACAGGAGCGCCAUAAUGAGCGAGAGUGCCCGGAGAGAACACUCAACUGCAAGUACUGCAAGGAGCCAUUUCACUUCAAAAACAUCAAGGCACAUGAUGAGAUCUGUCCCAAGUACCCGAUGAUCUGUGAAGGCUGUGCCAAGAAGAAAAUACCCAGAGAGAAGUACGUGGACCACAUUAAGUUCUGCAGCAAAUUCAGAACACCGUGUCGAUUUCAUGUUGUGGGAUGUGAUAUGUCUGUGGAAAAGGAAAAGAUUCAUGACCAUGAGCGCACCUAUGCCUACGAGCACCUCAACCUGCUGCUGCACUACAUUAUGGGCAUGAAGGUGAGCAUGGAGGGCCUGCAGCCCCAGGGACUGGAAGUAGCUGGACACAAGCUGCUGGAGCUCCAACAGUCCCUCAGGGAGCUGGAGGCCAGAGUCUCCCAGCUCAGCACCACCUCCUCUGGGCCUCCCGUGCAGGGAGCAGCCGCCGCCACUGCCUCCACCUCAUCCUCCAGCUCCGGCCCCCCUGGUCCACCCACUUUAGCUCCUCUCCCUCCCCCUCCCACCUUGGCUCCCACUCUCUCCGUCUCUACCUCCUUCACCCCCCUGCCCAGCUCGGUGGGUGCGGCGCUGGAGCUCCAGCUCCACAGCGAGAAGACCAAAGUGGUGGAGCUGGGUCGCAGGUGUACGGAGCUCGAGGUUAAAUCCGGCACGUUUGAAAAUGUGGUGUGUGUCCUGAACAGAGAGGUGGAGCGGUUUGCCACCACCAUGGAGGCCAGCAACCGUCAGCACAAACUGGACCAGGACAAGAUCGAGGCUCUGAGUAACAAGGUGCGACAGCUGGAGAGGACGGUGGGGCUGAAGGACCUCACGGUGGCUGACAUGGAGGGCCGGCUGAGGGAAAUGUCUGCCACAACCUUUGAUGGCGUCUUCGUCUGGAGGAUCUCUGAUUUCGCCAAAAAGAGACAAGAUGCCAUCGCUGGUCGAGCCCCUGCUAUGUUUUCACCAGCCUUUUACACCAGUAAGUACGGAUAUAAGAUGUGUCUGCGGAUCUAUCUGAAUGGAGAUGGGACGGGGCGUGGCAGCCACUUGUCCCUGUUCUUUGUGGUGAUGAGGGGACUGAGUGACGCUCUGCUCAAAUGGCCUUUCAACCAGAAGGUGACUCUGAUGCUGCUGGACCAGAGCAACAGGGAGCACAUCAUCGACGCCUUUCGCCCUGAUGUCACUUCAUCUUCCUUCCAGCGACCGGUGAGCGAGAUGAACAUCGCCAGCGGCUGUCCGCUCUUCUGCCCGCUCUCCAAGCUCGAUGCCAAGAAUUCCUACAUCCGCGACGACACCAUCUUCAUCAAGGCCAUCGUGGACCUCACCGGCCUCUAGGUGGCCCGCAGGGUGGUACAGUUUGGCAACCAGGCAGCUCUUUGACCAUUAAGGCUUUAUUUUGGCUCAAUCGUGGUCCCGUUAGGGCUCUGUUCAGGCAUCUUACUGUCCCCUGCAGCUUUAGGGAGACACAUGCUUGCAACUGCAUGCGGCUGCAGUUUGCUCCGUACAGACGGCGCUGGUAUUAUCAUAUCCUUGUGAUCUCUAUGAGAGAACCACUGUCAUUACUGUACAUUUCAGGUGUUUUCUUUUUACGUCACAACACCUGUCCCUUAGUGGAUAAAAUGUCACUUCAGUUGUGCACAUAUGUUUUCAGUAACACACAGUAAGGACACAGGAGCGAGCGCCAGUGCAGGUUGGUCAGUGCAGUGCUGAGAAGAAGUGGAGAUGUCAGUGAACAGUUUUUGAUGGAGUUAAAAACAUACUUUUUGAUCUCCUACGUUUGAAGAGGUGUUAGAGAACAUGCAGUGUUUGAACCUUUGAGGAUUGUAGAUUAUAGACAGUUGAUGUGAUCAUUCUGAUGAUUUAUAAUAGUUAGAGCAAGGCUUGGUGCAGUUUUUGCUUUUUCUUGCAGAUUGUGGAUAUUGUGAGCUUCUCAAUUCCAGUGUCGAGUGAAUUUGCAUAGACAAACGUGGAGUUAUGUUAUGAAUAAGAUUACAGGCAUUUUUUUGCCUUUUCUUUGCGCUAAAGUGCAUGCCGCUGGCGUUUUAAGUAUAUAAUGGCUCCUAAUUUGGACUGAGCUUUAUGAAAGGUUCCUCGUUUGUUGUUAAACUUGUUAGUGAAUUAGCCAUCCGUGAUGGUGGACAUUGCCUGCAUGUCUUUGGAACCAGGCUAUUUACAUGUAAAGUUAGUGUUGCGUAUUUGUUCCUAUUAGGGGUUGGUGGUUCUGAUUGGUGGUUUGGUACAUCUGUGGAAGAUACAGUGGAGUUACCAAGGAGUCAGGGCAGCUUGCCAGUCAAGCCUGAGGCAUACAACUCUGACAAACAUACAUAGCUGGAGUUUUCCCGCAGGAUAUGCUCACUAGCUCACAUCUCAACACAUAGUACUGUGCCCCCACCACAGACUGAGGUCAACACAGAUUCCACGAAAUGAAGGAAUUGUUCGUUCCUUGUUUUCUGUCCAUACAAGUAUACAGUGCAUAUGUGUUUCUGCUGCUCUUAAGAUAGAAUACUGAUGUGAAACUAAUAUAUAUGUUGGUGCAAAUAUACACGAGGUAAAUGUAUGUGGAGGCUGAAAUAAGAAAUGAAAGCCAGAGACUGUUAAUACGUUGUUGUAGGACAUUAUUUAAUGCAGAUUGAUGUUCAGUGCAGCCCCGGAUGACUACGAUUUUAAAUGUGCUCUCACUGAAUUCCAAUAAGGCACCAUAAAAAUCUACAUUAUAUCCGUUUUAACAUGUAGUUGUGCUACGUGUCCACCAGAGAUUGCUGUUCUACUUACUUAGCAUGCAUGCUGAGGUUUUUAAGGUUCACGCUGGCCUGUUUGAAAACCAGUCUCGACCUGUAUUGAAACCUCUCUGUGCAUGGGAGGCUUCAAUUCAUUUUCACUAUGGAGUUUCACCUUGGUUUACUCUGUGAGCCAGGUGUGAAAGCGUUUAUUUGUACUUGUUUGAAAGAAAAUAAUCAUAGAAUAGAUAUUAUGUUAUACCUGGCGCUGCGUCUGUUCAACAGAAGCUGCCGCCUAUAUUCAUAGCAAUUUAUAAAUAUGUAUUGUUCAUAUCAUAAUCUUAAAAUAAUCUAUAUAACAAUGUUAAUAUACACGAGAUGUUAUAAUAAACAUAGUAUUACUGAAUACCUUAUUAAUUCUAUAUCUAUAUACCAACUUUUUCUUUGUCAAGAUGGUUUGAACAGGCCAGGACGAGCCCUUUGUGCAGUAAGGACCUAUGAUUCCUUCUAGAGUGCAAUAUAUGAUUAUGUCUGAUAGAUUUGAUGACAUCUCGGCUUAAAGGGUUUACAGAGGUCAUACUCGACUUAUUUGUUUACAUUACUCACUAUGGCGCUGAAGAACUGCAACUAAUUUUGAAUUUGUAGGUGCAAAAAAUUGUGCUUUCCUCAUCAUUGAGCAUAAUAAUAUCACUAACAUGAGAAUCUGUUGCCAGGAGCUAUUCAUGAAGCUGGCUACAUGAGGGUUCAGAAAGACCAUUUUAAUGUUGAAUAUUUCAUGCUAUUAGCGGGUUUUUAUUACUAACUUUGAAAAACACUUUUCAAUAAAGACUGAGCAUGGAUGAACAUGAAGUUUUUUAGUUAUGUGCCAAAAUCCAACAUUACCUCCGCAUACUAACAAUGUUGUAUUUGCAAGUUAUUUUUUAUGUUCUAUGCUAAAAUAUGGUGCCAAAUAUGUUUAUGUUCCAGUUUGUACUGCGUUGGAUGUGUGCCAUUUUAAUAUGAUGCAUGGGUCACUACUUCUGUAUACACCAGAGGAGAUAAUGAGUACUGUCCCAUGAUACAAACCCUCUCAAGGUUUUCUGAAUGUAAGCUUUCAUUUGUUUAUUUUUUCUAAAAAACUAAAUAGCAGUUCUGUAAAUGUGAUGCAGUGGACUUUAACCAACUUUAUUUGUGCACUUUGUAUUGGUUGUUUGUCUAAACAGGGUAUUUCAUUGAGUGAUUUCUGUAUCUUUAAAAUUCAGAGCCAUAUAUAUAUUCUGAUGUUGAUAAUAUUGAUGUAUUAUGCUACAAAGGACAUGCAGUAAGAAAUAAAGUUAGCUGGUUUCAGCUUGGUAAUAA